GGCCGGGGGAAAAACAGGUGGAGGAGGUCUACAAGGCCGUUGAGACUUGGCCAGGGGAAAAACAGGUGGAGGAGGUCUACAAGGUGGCUGUGGUUUAGAGGGUAGUAUCUGUGCUACCUCCGUAGCACAGCUAUAGGUCAUAGCCCCUUCCUCCAGACGGGGAUCCCAGACCCGUUCCCUAUGGUCAGGGACUGACCUUAAGGGAGGGUGGUGGGAGGCUUGGAGGCGGGCCGACUCCUCCCCUUUAAUUUGUCCAGAAUUUCCUUUAGAAAAGGGAGGAAACACCUUGGACUUGGCCGGAGAAUGAGGUUUUAAAGGAGGUGUAGGAGAAAAACUAGGUGACUGAGGUUGACUAGAAUAAUGAGAAAAAAUAUCCUGAUAAUUACGUAUUUUAUCAUAAAUGUUAUUGGUAUUCGAAAAAGGUUGGGAAUGAAAAGUACUGUCCACAAUAUAAAAAUCUUCUGAAAAAAUGUCAUCAACAGAGGCCGGUGUUGCGUCACCGGUGGGCGUUCCCCAAUUGACGUCAUCGCUUGUGUCAGAAAAAGUGUCAUGGCAGCUUAAGGAAUGAUUUGAAAAAAAACAAGCAGGAUUACCGGUGAUGACGGGUGAAUCCUGGACGGGGUGAAACUUGCUGUGUCCAUGGGGAGGAAUAAGUGGUGCUGGAACAUUACUGCCGUGCGGGGGGCCUCUCCACUGGACCCCCCGCCUCUUCGGGGCAGCGCGAACGGCUUCGGAGGGGACUUCAGGCCCACAGUCAAGUCUUUCCUGCUCCCAAGCCACGAGCUCCAACCACAAACCCAAGUCGAAGGGUUCCUCCCGUGGUUUCGACGCGGAAAAACAUUUUGAUGCUCGGAUCCUACUGUGACGCUUGUGUGGCAUUGUAAUGCCGGAUUGGUUCUUCCCGGGGAUGCGUCGAAGCGAUGAACACAACAAGAAAGAUAUAAAGAUCCCGCUCCUCGGCAUCCAAGUGAGAGCAGAUAUUGUACACACUCACAGCCUAUGACCACCGAAGCAAACAUUGCCGCAUCUUUCCUCACUUCAACACAGACAACUGCAGGCAUGAAUAUUAUUAUAUGUGUGCUCGUUUUUCUGGCUGCCGUGUCGAGGGUCUCGCUGAGUCUGCCCUCACAGUCCAUUUCCCACAGUUCUGAUAGUGCAGCUGUGGCAUCAGACGGCCAUGCAAACAACCACACACGCCAAGCUCGCUCUGCUGGUGCGCCUCCUUCCGGGCAGCUCAGCAACUCCGACCGAGCUCAGGAAGACGUGGAGGCUUUAAACACUCUGAGACAGCUACUGGCCAGAUUCGUCUCCAGGAAAGGCAUGCCGUACCAAAGCAGACUGUCCAUCACGAGCAGAGCCAGUGGUCUCGCACCCCAGCACAGGAUAAUGGACAGGGACUACGAGGGCUGGUUGGACUUUGGAAGACGCAACGCAGAAGAGUAUGAAUACUCCUAAAAGCAUGACUUUAAAUGCAAAGCUACGACCCUCAACAUUGCCAAAAAAAAGAUUCCCCCACCCCACCAUAACGCACAGAGUGAACUAUCCACAACAAACUCGAGCACAGUGCAGUAUAUGCUCUUAUACCCAAAAUAAUUCAUUCUAUGGACAAUUAUUUGUGUUAAGUGAUUUUUUUUAUUUUUUUCAAAUUAAAUCAUAACAAUAAAUUCAUGAAAACCAAUGUUUUUGUUUUCAUUGAAAAAAAUAUUUAUAUUGCUGAAAAUUUUUUUUUGUCCAUUUUCUGUUUUGUUAAAUUUACCAUUGUGAACGGGUAAAUACCCUCGCUUAAUACACUUCAAACCUCCUAAACUCUGCGUUGUGUUUUUAAUGAUGGUAUAUGUUACAUUAUAACACUUGUACGUACUUUUUUGAAUACUUUUACUUAAUAUUCUACUUUGUACCCUCGCUUAAUACACUUCAAACCUCCUAAA